UGCCAGAAAUGCUCUGGCUGCUCUUGCAUGUGGUUUAGCUUUACGGGCUGCUUGAGAAAUUGCUUAACAUUGCCAGGCUGUGGUUGUAAGUGGUUGAGGUGUUGUAAAUGGCAGUGCUGCAACUGCAAGGUAGCCUGCCCAAGGUGCCAUUGCAAGUGUCCAACCUGGCUGAGCUGCCACUGUAAGUUCCCAACCUGUUCGAGUUGCUCCUGCAAGUGCCCAUCUUGUUCUAGUUGCUGCUGCAAGUGCCCAUCUUUGUCCAGCUGCUUCUGCAAGUGUUCAACUUGGCCAAGCUGUAAGUUCCACCAUUCCAGUUGCAGCUUGAUGUUCUGCUAUCGAUGGAAUGGUAAACCAAAAAGAAUCACUGACGAUCCUUCUUGCAAUUUGCCUGAUGGGAAACUAAGCUUUACUCAAAAAUGAUAGCCCAAUCAGCAUAUGAUAUCACCAUGCUCCAUGGAGGGAUUGAAAGUAGCAUUAUGAAAUCGGGUUUCUGAAGAAUAAGAGAAUGGUGUGUUUUGCUGCUAUGCAAAGGGCAGAUUCUGCAUUUUUCGUGGCCAUGAAUUUGGUUUGCAUUUUACUGUACAUUCUAUCAGUCUCUGGCGGAUCUUCAGAUGAGAAAAAGAUUCUGCUGGAAUUCAAGAAAUCUGUUUCAGACCCCCAUGGAAUUCUUUCCAGUUGGAAUGCAGGCAGUUCCGACUAUUGCUCUUGGUUUGGAGUGUCCUGCAAUUCCAAUUUAAGAGUUUCCCGGCUGAAAAUUGAAGGUAACUUUUCGGUUUCUCAUCAGUGUUCUAUGAAUUCUGUGUUAGCUUUGCAUGGCUUUGAAAUACGAAGAAACUGCACCGAAAUGAAUGGAAAAAUUGUAGGAAAACUGCCACCCAUUAUCGGAAAACUCAAAGAACUUAAGGUUCUGUCACUUCCAUUCAAUGAACUCAGGGGUGAGAUUCCUGUCCAAAUAUGGAGCCUUAAAAAUCUUGAAGUACUUGAUCUUGAAGGGAAUCUUAUUGUGGGAAAUUUUUCGGAUUAUGAAUUCACUGGUUUAAGGAAUUUAAGGGUUCUUAACCUUGCAUAUAACAUGAUUGCUGGGAAAUUUCCACCUUCCCUCGCAAUAUGUAGGGUUUUAAGGAUUUUGAAUUUAGCAGGAAAUGAAAUUAAUGGUGUGAUUCCCAGAUUCAUUGGUGGUUUUAGGAAGUUAAGAGUGCUGAAUUUGUCGUUUAAUCAGUUAGUAGGCCAUGUUCCAGAUAAUUUGGGGUGUGAUUGUGGGAAUCUUGAGCAUUUGGAUUUGUCGGUUAAUUUCCUAAAGGGGGAAAUUCCGCUUGCUUUGGGAAAUUGUAGUCAUUUAAGGACACUUUUGGUAUCUUCAAAUGCAUUAAGUGGCUUUAUCCCUAUGGAGCUAGGUGAACUUCGAAACCUUGAAGUUCUGGAUGUUUCGAGAAACAGAUUGAGUGGUCCCCUGCCUGAAAAGCUCGGAAAUUGUAUUAAUUUGUCGGUUCUUGUUCUUUCAAGUCAAAUUAAUGUUCUCCCGAGCAAGAGGAAUCCAGGUGGAGCAGUGUCUCCCAGAUUAGCUGAUGUCGCAUUAGAAGAUUAUAACUGUUUUGAUGGUUUCAUUCCCAUUGAGAUUACCACACUUCCAAAGCUGCAGAUAGUUUUUGCUUCUGGAGCCAACUUUGAGGGACCGACAAAUUGGGGCCGUUGUGCUAGGCAGAAGCAUGCACCUUCUGAAUCAAGAAGCCAUCCUAAAAGUGGUAAAAACGGAGUUGAUCUUAUUUUUGAAGUAUGCGUAAUAUCUGUAGCAGUCGUUAUUGCAGUUGUUUUGGUUUUUGUAUUUUGUUAUGCAAAAAGGAAAAUAUCAGAUUCAAAGGGUCAGAAUACUAUGUCACCACAGAGAAGAGAAACUAACUUUUUCGAGGACAUUGGAGUACCCUUAACAUAUGAUGGUUUGAUCCAGGCAACGGGAAAUUUUAACAUUAGCAACUGCAUAGGAAAUGGUGGAUUUGGUGCCACCUACCGGGCUGAAGUUUCUCCAGGAAUGACAGUAGCAGUGAAAAGGCUCAUUACUGAAAGGUGCCAAGGCAUCCCACAGUUCUGUGCCGAGGUCAGGACACUGAGAAGAAUCAAACACCCGAACCUCAUAACUUUGAUAGGGUAUGGUGCCAGUCAAGCAGAAAUGUUUCUGAUAUAUAACUACCUUCCUGGUGGAAAUCUAGAAGAAUUCAUUCGGGAAAGAGCCAGAAGAGCUUUUGAUUGGAGAAUAGUUCACAAGAUUGCUCUCGAUGUUGCAUCUGCACUAACUUAUCUGCACGAUCAGUGUAAUCCGAGUAUUCUACAUCGCGACAUCAAACCUAGUAAUAUUUUGUUGGACAACGACUGCAAUGCCUAUUUGUCAGACUUUGGAUUGUCAAAAUCUCUGUCUGCUACACAAACUCAUGCUACCACUUGUGUAGCCGGAACUUACGGAUACAUAGCUCCAGAAUACGCACUGACAGGCCGCGUAUCCAACAAGGCCGAUGUUUACAGCUAUGGGGUGAUGCUGCUUGAGUUAUUGUCUGACAAGAAAGCUCUCGAUCCUUCAUUUUAUUCAUAUGAAGAUGGAUUCAACAUUGUUUCAUGGGCGUGCUUGUUACUCAAACAAGGUCAGGCCGAGGAUUUUUUCUUCUCGUCUCUAUGGGAUUCGGGUCCACAGGAUGACCUCGUGAAAAUGCUGCAUGUGGCUGUUCUUUGUACUCUUGAAUCAUAUUCUGCUCGGCCAACAAUGAAGCAAGUUGUGCAGCGACUCAAACACUUUCAACCACCCAGUGGCUAACCACACUACAGUGCUGCUUCUCAAUUUAUUCAUUCUAGUAUUAGAAUGUAUAGCAGACUGAUUUUUCCUUCAUUCAAAUUAUUCGGGAUUAUGAGCUUCGAUUUAGCUACAUAGCUUUUUUGUCAAAAUCCUGUUCGCAGUUCUGUCUGAACUUGUAUAAACUGAAUUUCAAUUGUAUAAUUCCUGUGUAUGGCAUGCAAGAAAUUUACUUUGAUGUCUCA